AUGGAUUCAGCCAUGACAGGUGGUGGAUCUGUGAAUCAACUCGGAGGAACGUUUCUCAACGGCCGGCCCCUGGCGCAUCCCAUGCGGAGGAGAAUCAUCGACCUGGCGACCCAGGGAGUGCGUCCAAGCGAGAUCUCCAAAAUGAUCCGGGUGUCGAACGGGUGCGUCAGUAAGAUCCUGAGUCGCUUUCAUAAAACGGGACUACUCGAUCCGAAGGCCAUGGGUGGCAGCCGACCCCGGCUCCUCACCUCGGAGGUCGUUGAUGGAAUCAUCCAGUGCAAGAGGAAAAACCCAACCAUCUUUGGCUGGGAAAUCCGUAGAAAGCUCGCAACUCAAAGCGUCUGUAAACCGUCCCAGGUUCCAAGUGUGUCCUCCAUUAAUCGCUUUCUAAGAAAACUCCACUUAGAUCGGGGGCCGAUGUUCUUGGAAACCAACGGAACCCAUCCAGACUCGACCCUAGACGAAGCAUGUGAGCAAGAGGCAUGCAGUGAUGACUGGAAACGCAAAGAUUCUCUGAUCCAGAACCGCACUAUUUACACCCCGAGGCAGAGCGACGCACUGGAGCAAGCGUUCUCUCAGAGUCAAUAUGCAGAUAUGUACACAAGGGAGAAACUAUCAGCGAAAAUACACCUUCCCGAGGAUAAGAUAAAGGUUUGGUUCUCAAACCGACGCGCCAAAUGGAGAAGAGAGACAAAACAUCAAGAAAAGUCACAGCCCGCUAGGACCCUAAUAGGGCCCCCCGGCCCCUCGGUCCGCCGGUCCCAUGGUGCCUCCGGGGCCCAGUGGUCCAGUCAUCCAUCCACACUGCGGAGAGGCAGGAAUUUAUGA